CGAACCCUCGCUUCCCUUUGCCGCCGCCUCGCCACAGUAAGAGAGAGAGAGAGAUCGCACGGGGCGAGAGGACUCCCGGAGCACGACGUCGGCGAGAUGGUGCAGCGGCUGACCUACCGGAAGCGGCACAGCUACGCCACCAAGUCCAACCAGACCCGCGUCGUCAAGACCCCGGGUGGGAAGCUUGUGUACCAGUACACCAAGAAGCGGGCGAGUGGGCCGAAAUGCCCGGUCACCGGCAAGAAGAUCCAAGGAAUUCCCCACCUGAGACCUACUGAGUACAAGAGGUCCAGAUUGUCAAGGAACCGGAGGACUGUGAACCGUCCUUAUGGUGGCGUUCUGUCUGGUCCUGCAGUCAGGGAGAGGAUCAUCCGGGCGUUUUUGGUGGAGGAGCAGAAGAUCGUGAAGAAGGUGCUUAAGAUCCAAAAGACCAAGGAUAAGACAACCAAGGCCUAAACAAUACCUUCUGAGUUUCUUCCGAAUUUGUUUAAGCAUUCAAGAAAUUUUCUCUCUGGAUUUAGGGAAUCCUGGUUCAGUAUGUGAUGUUGAUGCGAUUCUCUAGAUUUUGCGUGCUAGUUCUCUAUGGAUGCUUGACCUUGAUGAUCAAAAGCUAUUGGAAUUCCCAUCUGUUGCGGUGCUUUUUCCCUUCA